CUGUUGCUGGAAGUGGCCUGGCCUCUGUUUAUCUUCCUGAUCCUGAUCUCCGUCCGGCUGAGCUACCCACCCUAUGAACAACAUGAAUGCCACUUUCCAAACAAAGCCAUGCCCUCUGCAGGAACGCUUCCUUGGGUUCAGGGGAUUAUCUGUAAUGCCAAUAACCCCUGUUUCCGUUAUCCGACUCCCGGUGAGGCCCCUGGGGUUCUUGGAAACUUUAACAAAUCCAUCGUGUCUCGCCUGUUCUCAGAUGCUCAGCGGCUUCUUCUGUAUAGCCAGAAAGACACCAGCAUGAAGGACAUACACCAAGUUCUGAGGACGUUGCAGCAGAUAGAGCGUUCCAGUCCAGGGAAAGUUCUGUUUCUGUGGAACAAAGAGCUCCGUUCACAUGUCUUCUGGUGCAUGCAGCAUAUUCUUGAAAAGGCAGAACUCAGUUCAUGGGACAAAGGAGGUAAAAAACAAAGUAUUUUUUUCUCAUUCCAGAGGGAACUAAACUCUACAUCUCCUUUCCUGAACAAGGAACUGGUUAAAGCCACAGAAACUUUGCUGGAUAGUCUCGGGACUUUGGCCCAAGAGCUGUUCAGCAUGAACAGCUGGAGCGACAUGCGGCAGGAGGUCAUGUUCCUGACCAAUGUGAACAGCUCCAGCUCGUCCACCCAGAUAUACCAAGCCGUGUCCCGCAUCGUCUGUGGCCAUCCCGAGGGCGGGGGCCUGAAGAUUAAGUCCCUCAACUGGUACGAGGACAACAACUACAAAGCUCUCUUUGGUGGCAACGGCACGGAUGAAGAUGCUGACAGCUUUUAUGACAAUUCUACAACUCCUUAUUGCAAUGAUCUGAUGAAGAAUUUGGAGUCCAGUCCCCUUUCCCGCAUCAUAUGGAAAGCUCUCAAGCCUCUGCUUGUUGGGAAGAUCCUGUAUACACCUGACACUCCAGUCACAAGGCAGGUUAUGGCCGAGGUGAAUAAGACCUUUCAGGAACUGGCUGUGUUUCAUGAUGUGCAAGGCAUGUGGGAAGAGCUCAGCCCCAAGAUCUGGACCUUCAUGGAGAGUAACCCGGAAAUGGACCUUGUUCGGACACUGUUGGACAGUAGAAGCAAUGACCACUUUUGGGAACAGCAGUUGGAUGGCUUAGACUGGACUGCCAAAGAUAUCCUGGCAUUUCUGGCCAAGCACCCAGAGGAUGUCCAGUCUGCUAACGGCUCUGUGUACACCUGGAGAGAAGCUUUCAAUGAGACUGACCAGGCAAUCCAGACCAUCUCUCGCUUCAUGGAGUGUGUCAACUUGAAUAAGCUCGAACCGGUAGCAACAGAAGUCCGGCUCAUCAGCAAGUCCAUGGAGUUGCUGGACGAGCGGAAGUUCUGGGCCGGUAUCGUGUUCACCGGAAUCACUCCUGACAGUGUGGAGUUGCCCCGUCAUGUCAAGUACAAGAUCCGAAUGGACAUUGACAAUGUGGAGAGGACAAAUAAAAUCAAGGAUGGGUACUGGGACCCCGGUCCUCGGGCUGACCCCUUUGAGGAUAUGCGGUAUGUCUGGGGGGGCUUUGCCUACUUACAAGAUGUGGUGGAACAGGCGAUCAUCAGGGUGCUGACGGGCACCGAGAAGAAAACUGGUGUCUAUGUGCAGCAGAUGCCCUACCCCUGUUAUGUCGAUGACAUCUUCCUGCGGGUGAUGAGCCGGUCCAUGCCCCUGUUCAUGACGCUGGCCUGGAUCUACUCCGUGGCUGUGAUCAUCAAGGGCAUCGUGUAUGAGAAGGAGGCGCGGCUGAAGGAAACCAUGCGCAUCAUGGGCCUGGACAACGGCAUCCUGUGGUUCAGCUGGUUCAUCAGUAGCCUCAUUCCUCUGCUCGUGAGCGCCGGCCUGCUUGUGGUCAUCCUGAAAUUAGGAAACCUGCUGCCCUACAGUGACCCCAGCGUGGUGUUUGUCUUUCUGUCCAUGUUCGCCGUGGUGACCAUCCUGCAGUGUUUCCUGAUCAGCACACUCUUCUCAAGAGCCAACCUGGCGGCAGCCUGUGGGGGCAUCAUCUACUUCAUUCUCUACCUGCCCUACGUGCUGUGCGUGGCAUGGCAAGACUAUGUGGGCUUCACGCUCAAGAUCUUCGUGAGCCUGCUGUCUCCUGUGGCUUUCGGGUUUGGCUGUGAGUACUUUGCCCUUUUUGAGGAGCAGGGCAUUGGGGUGCAGUGGGACAACCUGUUUGAGAGCCCCGUGGAGGAAGAUGGCUUCAACCUCACCAUUUCAGUCUCCAUGAUGCUGUUCGACACCUUCCUCUAUGGAGUGAUGACGUGGUACAUCGAGGCUGUCUUUCCAGGCCAGUAUGGAAUCCCCAGGCCCUGGUAUUUUCCUUGCACCAAAUCCUACUGGUUCGGUGAGGAAAGUGAUGAAAAGAGCCACCCUGGUUCCAGCCAGAAGGGAGCAUCAGAAAUCUGCGUGGAGGAGGAGCCCACACACCUGAAGCUGGGUGUGUCCAUUCAGAACCUGAUGAAGGUUUACCGGGAUGGCAUGAAGGUGGCUGUUGAUGGCCUGGCCUUGAAUUUCUAUGAGGGCCAGAUCACCUCCUUCCUGGGCCACAAUGGAGCUGGGAAGACCACCACCAUGUCAAUCCUGACCGGGUUGUUCCCUCCCACCUCGGGCACUGCCUACAUCCUGGGAAAAGACAUUCGCUUUGAGAUGAGCACCAUCCGGCAGAACCUGGGGGUCUGCCCCCAGCAUAACGUGCUGUUUGACAUGCUGACUGUGGAAGAACACAUCUGGUUCUAUGCGCGGCUGAAGGGGCUCUCGGAGAAGCACGUGAAAGCAGAGCUGGAGCAGAUGGCCUUGGAUGUCGGUUUGCCACCCAGCAAACUGAAAAGCAAAACAAGUCAGCUGUCAGGCGGAAUGAAGAGAAAGCUGUCUGUGGCUUUGGCCUUUGUUGGGGGAUCCAAGGUUGUCAUUCUGGACGAGCCCACAGCCGGUGUGGACCCUUACUCCCGCAGGGGAAUAUGGGAGCUCCUGCUGAAAUACCGACAAGGCCGCACCAUUAUUCUCUCCACGCACCACAUGGAUGAAGCAGACAUCCUGGGGGACAGGAUUGCCAUCAUUUCCCAUGGGAAGCUGUGCUGUGUGGGCUCCUCCCUAUUUCUGAAGAACCAGCUGGGAACAGGCUACUACCUGACCCUGGUUAAGAAGGAUGUGGAAUCCUCCCUCAGUUCCUGCAGAAAUAGCAGUAGCACUGUGUCGUACCUGAAGAAGGAGGACAGUGUUUCUCAGAGCAGUUCUGAUGCUGGCCUGGGCAGCGACCAUGAAAGUGACACGCUGACCAUCGAUGUCUCGGCCAUCUCCAACCUCAUCAGGAAGCACGUGGCUGAGGCCCGGCUAGUGGAAGACAUUGGGCAUGAACUGACUUACGUGCUGCCCUACGAAGCUGCCAAGGAGGGGGCCUUUGUGGAACUCUUCCAUGAGAUUGAUGACCGGCUCUCAGACCUGGGCAUCUCCAGUUACGGCAUCUCGGAGACGACCCUGGAAGAAAUAUUUCUCAAAGUGGCCGAAGAGAGUGGGGUGGAUGCUGAGACCUCAGAUGGCACCUUGCCAGCAAGACGAAACAGACGGGCCUUCGGGGACAAGCAGAGCUGCCUUCGCCCAUUCACUGAAGAUGAUGCUACUGAUCCUAAUGAUUCUGAUGUAGACCCAGAAUCCAGAGAAACAGACCUGCUCAGUGGGAUGGAUGGCAAAGGCUCCUACCAGGUGAAGGGCUGGAAGCUCAUACAGCAGCAGUUUGUGGCGCUUCUGUGGAAGAGGCUGCUGAUUGCCAGACGGAGUCGGAAGGGAUUCUUUGCUCAGAUCGUCCUACCAGCUGUGUUUGUCUGCAUUGCCCUGGUGUUCAGCUUGAUCGUGCCCCCCUUUGGCAAGUACCCCAGCCUGGAACUUCAGCCCUGGAUGUACAACGAACAGUACACGUUCAUCAGUAAUGAUGCUCCUGAGGACAUGGGCACCCAGGAACUCUUGAAUGCCCUCACCAGACACCCCGGCUUCGGGACCCGCUGUAUGGAAGGAAAUCCAAUCCCAGACAUGCCCUGCUCGGUGGGGGAGGAGGAGUGGACCACCGCCCCCGUUCCCCAGACCAUCACGGACCUCUUCCAAAAUGGGAACUGGACGAUGGAGAACCCCUCACCUACCUGCCAGUGUAGCAGUGACAAAAUCAAGAAGAUGCUGCCCGUGUGUCCCCUGGGGGCAGGGGGGCUGCCUCCUCCACAAAGAAAACAGAACACUGCAGACAUCCUUCAGAACCUGACGGGAAGAAACAUUUCGGAUUAUCUGGUGAAGACCUAUGUGCAGAUCAUAGCCAAAAGUUUAAAGAACAAGAUCUGGGUGAAUGAGUUUAGGUAUGGAGGGUUUUCCCUGGGUGCCAGUAAUUCUCAUUCACUUCCUUCAAGUCAAGAAGUUAAUAAUGCCAUCAAGCAAGUGAAGAAGCACUUGAAGCUGGCCAAGGACAGUUCUGCAGAUCGAUUUCUCAGCAGCUUGGGGAGGUUCAUGACAGGACUGGACACGAAAAAUAACGUCAAGGUGUGGUUCAACAACAAGGGCUGGCAUGCCAUCAGCUCUUUCCUGAACGUCAUCAACAAUGCCAUUCUGCGGGCCAGCCUGCAGAAGGGAGAGAACCCCAGCCAGUAUGGGAUUACUGCCUUCAAUCACCCCCUGAAUCUCACCAAGCAGCAGCUCUCGGAAGUGGCUCUGAUGACCACGUCAGUGGAUGUCCUUGUGUCCAUCUGUGUCAUCUUCGCGAUGUCCUUCGUCCCGGCCAGCUUUGUUGUGUUCCUGAUCCAAGAGCGGGUCAGCAAAGCGAAGCACCUGCAGUUCAUCAGUGGAGUAAAGCCUGUCAUCUACUGGCUUUCCAAUUUCGUGUGGGAUAUGUGCAACUAUGUGGUCCCUGCCACGCUGGUCAUUAUCAUCUUCAUCUGCUUCCAGCAGAAGUCCUAUGUGUCCUCUACCAACCUGCCUGUGCUGGCCCUUCUACUUCUGUUGUACGGGUGGUCGAUCACACCUCUCAUGUACCCAGCCUCCUUCGUGUUCAAGAUCCCCAGCACAGCCUACGUGGUCCUCACCAGCGUGAACCUCUUCAUCGGGAUCAACGGCAGUGUGGCCACUUUUGUGCUGGAGCUUUUUACCAACAAUAAGCUGAAUAACAUCAAUGAUAUCCUGAAGUCUGUAUUCUUGAUCUUCCCACAUUUUUGCCUGGGACGGGGGCUCAUUGACAUGGUGAAAAACCAGGCAAUGGCUGACGCCUUGGAAAGGUUUGGGGAGAACCGUUUUGUUUCGCCACUGUCCUGGGACUUAGUGGGACGGAACCUCUUCGCCAUGGCCGUGGAAGGGGUGGUAUUCUUCCUCAUCACUGUUCUCAUCCAGUACAGAUUCUUCAUCAGGCCCAGACCUGUAGAUGCAAAGCUUCCUCCUUUGAAUGAUGAGGAUGAAGAUGUGAAGCGGGAAAGACAGAGAAUUCUUGAUGGUGGAGGACAGAACGACAUCUUGGAAAUCAAGGAGCUGACUAAGAUAUAUAGAAGAAAGAGGAAGCCUGCCGUUGACAGGAUUUGCGUUGGCAUUCCGCCUGGCGAGUGCUUUGGACUUCUGGGAGUUAAUGGGGCUGGGAAAUCAUCAACUUUCAAGAUGUUAACUGGAGAUACCACUGUUACCAGAGGAGAUGCUUUCCUGAACAAAAAUAGUAUCUUAUCAGACAUCCAUGAAGUCCAUCAGAACAUGGGCUAUUGCCCUCAGUUCGAUGCCAUCACAGAGCUGUUGACCGGAAGAGAGCAUGUGGAGUUCUUUGCCCUCUUGAGAGGAGUCCCAGAGAAAGAAGUUGGCAAGGUUGGUGAAUGGGCAAUUCGGAAACUGGGCCUUGUAAAGUAUGGAGAAAAAUAUGCUGGCAACUACAGUGGAGGCAACAAGCGCAAGCUCUCAACGGCCAUGGCUCUGAUCGGCGGGCCCCCUGUCGUGUUUCUGGAUGAACCUACCACAGGCAUGGACCCCAAAGCCCGGCGAUUCUUGUGGAAUUGUGCCCUAAGUAUUGUCAAGGAAGGCAGAUCAGUAGUGCUUACAUCUCAUAGUAUGGAAGAAUGUGAAGCUCUUUGCACUAGGAUGGCAAUUAUGGUCAAUGGGAGGUUCAGGUGUCUCGGCAGCGUCCAACAUCUGAAAAAUAGGUUUGGAGAUGGUUACACAAUCGUGGUACGGAUAGCAGGGUCCAACCCUGACCUGAAGCCUGUCCAGGAGUUCUUCGGACUUGCCUUCCCGGGAAGUGUCCUCAAAGAGAAGCACCGGAACAUGCUACAGUACCAGCUUCCAUCUUCACUAUCUUCUCUGGCCAGGAUAUUCAGCAUCCUUUCCCAGAGCAAAAAGAGACUCCACAUAGAAGACUACUCUGUUUCUCAGACAACGCUUGACCAAGUAUUUGUAAACUUCGCCAAGGACCAAAGUGAUGAUGACCACUUAAAGGACUUGUCAUUACACAAAAACCAGACAGUAGUCGAUGUUGCAGUUCUCACAUCUUUUCUCCAGGAUGAGAAAGUGAAAGAAAGUUACGUAUGAAGAAUACUGUUCGUACAGGCUGACUAAAAGAAAGGAGGAACUAGCCCUUCCUCCGCACCAUGUGAAGUGUUCCAAAAGAAGAGCUGGACGUUUUUUGUGGGAAGAAGUAAACUGGAUACUGUACUGAUACUAUUCAAUGCAAUGCAAUUCAAUGCAAUGAAAACAGAAUUCCAUUACAGGGGCAGUGCCUUUGUAGUCUAUGUCUCGUAUGGCUCUCAAGUGAAAAAGACUUGAAUUUAGUUUAUUACCUUAUACCUACGUGAAACUCUAGUAUGGAACCCAGCGGACAUAUGGGUUUGAAAUCACGCUUUUUUUGUUGUUGUUCCUUUGUAUUCUCACUGGGGUUGCAACAAUAAUUAAUCAAGUAAUCAUGGCCAGUGAUUAUUUAUCAAAAUCAGAAGGCGUGUUACAUCUUCAUUCACGAAGCCGUGCCAUGCCAGGAGACUGGUUUCCCGGCGACACAUCCAUUGCUGGCGAUGAGUGUGCCAGAAUGACUAGUGCCAAGUUGCUCAGAAAGCCUGAAGGACCGUGGUGUGUCGUGCACACUUUUGCAACAGCUGUUAUGCUUCAGAGUCCAUCAGCAUCGGUAUCAGGUGACAGAAUGGUGCCCUGGACGGGGAAAGCCCUCCAUUGUUUCCCUCUCUGAUGAGCUGCUCUGGUGUGGCCGUAACAUUGCAAGUGUGGGUGGCUCAAGACAGGUGAGACUUGGUUCCAUGGGUCUCCAGGGCCACUUUUCUGGGACUCUUUAAAUAUACUUAGAUCCUGGUAAGCAGCAAAGAGCCGCCAAACUGUUGCGGCUGCAAGCUGCUGAGGCCAGGUCACGGGACUAAAGAGCUGGCUUGUUCAAACCUCGGGAGGCCUGUGUCCAUUUGUCCUGGUUGUCUGCUAACACGGUACAUUGCAUCUCAAGAUCUUCCUGUUUGACCCAAGUGUAGUGUUAUUUCUGGCUUUUUAAAUUAAUCCAGAAUAUGAAAGGAUAGAGUUGUAUUUUGACAAAAAUCUUUGUACUUUUAAUGUUGUUUGGAAUCUUAAGUUCUGUCAGUGACUUGUGAAUCCCCUGGGAUGGCCUCUUUGUAGAACCCCGUGGCAUAGAGGAGUGGCCCCACUAGCUUUAUUUCUCAUGGAAGCUUGCAGAGGGAACCUCUGAUUAGUGCCUGGUGACCAGAAAACAAUGUGGUGGUCAAGAUCUCAUGACAGCAUUAUAUUUGAGUUUCUUUAAGAUCAUUCAAAAUACUCUUAAUCUCCGCUUGUUAAUCAAGUAUUUUUUGAGUGUAUGUUGUAGCUGAAUUGACCGUGUAUGGAUGGAUUGGGUCUGGAGGAAUUAAGUCUCAGUAGAUAUCCUGUGCCAUGUUACUCAGCUAACAGGUUUACAAAUAUAGGUUUUGUUGUUGUGGUUGUGGGAUCCCAGUGAAUACUGGGCAGCCUUUUUUUUUUUUUUAAAUAGCAACAGUGCAAAAGCCAAAAAAGUCUGUCAUAAGGGUCACAAGACUAAACAAUGAAUACUUUCACAAAAAAGAUCAAUAACUUUAAAACUUGUUGAGUAACACAACUUGUGCUUAUGGGUAUAUUUGGUACUGUCAGAAAAUUGGCUUUGAAGAUCUUAGAUACCCCAUUCUGACAGUCUCAAAUUUUUCAUCUCUUCAGUCCUGAAUUUCUCAUGAAAAAAAUAAAAACAGCAAAUGCCCCCACAUGAAAUACAUUUGACUUUUCUGAUCCAGUCUUAUUUUUUUAGUCAAUAAACACUUUAAAAAAUAUUAUUUCACUAAUGCUUAAUGUGAUCUGUCUUGAGACAACAAAAAUAUGAGGGAAGUACUAUUGGGUGAAAUUCAAGCCAUCUUUCAAUAUCAUUACUAAUUUCUUUUUCUAAAAUUUAAAUACUAACUCUAAAGGUGUUAAGAUUUCACAUCUAUUUGAAAUCUGUUUUUUAAAAUUUACAGAAAGUUAUCACAUAACUUGUUUGGCAAAAGAAAAUGACUUAGAAAUUAAUGCCAAUAUUUUCUAAAAUGAUAAACAAGUAAUGAAGGCCCAUUUCCAGUAACUAUUGGCAUGAUGAGGUCAUUACAUUUUGUGCAGUCUUUAAUGAUAUAAAAUUCAUAAUUUAGUUUCUCCUUAUUUAAUAUUUUUCAAAAUCAAACUUUUGUUAGUUUUCCCAUUUCACUAGAAUCAUGUUCUAAUUCUCUAUUUUAUUAAAUCAGUGAGCAGCUCCUGGCUCUAAUUACUCUGACUUCAAGGCCAUAUUUUAAAAAAUUCAAAAGAGACUGUGAACUGUUUUGGGAAAAAAAAAAAAAAAAAUUCAAUAUAGAUUUCCAAGGAUCUCUUCUGAAGCUAGAAACAAUCUAUAGCUACACCCUGACUUCAUUGUUACCUUUUAAACUACCCAAAUAGUAAUCUUCUACAUUUUCCUGUGUAAACCUAAUUAUAGUAGAAUUUUUUACCAACUCUACUCAAGUAAAAUUUCUAUAUAUUCCCUGUGGAAAUAUAAGUAUGUGAGUUUCAAAAAUUCUCAAAGUGUCCAAAGGUUGCCGCUUUUGCUUCUUUUGGACACCUUGGAAACUUUAUUAUCAACUGUGAAUAUGAAAAAUACAAAAGAAAACAAUCACAAAGCCCUUUAUACAUACAUAAACAUCCAGCACAGCUCAUUGUUAAAAAACAGCCAAACCUCAGACUACUGUAUUUCAAUCUCUGUACUGAAAGCGUGUGCAUUGUGGUGAUUAAAUGUUGCACGUCUUUCAUUCACUGUAAUCAUUGACGAAAGGGAUUUGUCUGUUUUCUUCUCGUGGUUGUAUAUAUCAGGUAAAUUUUUUUCCAAAGAGCCAUGUGUCAUAUAUAAUAUUGAACCACUUUGAUACUGAGAUACUAAUUUGUACCCUUGUUACUAUUUACUAGUAAGAGUACUCUAGUAAUAUAGCUCUAAUUCUCUUCAAAAUUGUUGCAUCCCUUUUAUAGAAUGUUUCUAUUUCCACAAGGAUUAAGUAUUCUCUCUUCUUAUACCCUAGGAUGAAGCUAUGUUUUUGUGCUUUUUCUUUAUCAUUGGCUCUUCAUUCCAAGCACUUUAUGCUGUCUCUAAUGGGAUCUAUUUUUGCACUGGAAUAUCUGAGAAUUGCAAAACUAGACAAAAGUUUCACAACAGAUUUCUAAGUUAAAUCAUUUUCAUUAAAAGGAAAAAAAGAAAAAAAAUUUUGUAUGUCAAUAACUUUAUAUGAAGUAUUAAAAAAAAGGCAUAUUUCUAUGUUGUAAUGAGUCACGAAAUAAAGCUGUGACCGUUCU